UAUUGGCUGUUAACUAGACUACAGUGUGUCGGAAGGUCCAUGCCGAAAGUAAACCCUUCUACUAUAUGUGGGCGGAAGCAUGUCUCAACCUAGCAUUCGCCCUUUAGCGGAAGUUCGUCACGUCGCAGUUGCCUCCGUACAGCGGAUGUGUGUCGCCCCUUAGGUGACACUGGGAAGUGCUUGCAGCCUCUGCCGCUGCUUUCUGGUAGAAGCACUAUGGAGGGAGAGAGGAAGAACAACAGCAAGCGGUGGUAUUUUACUCGAGAACAGUUGGAAAAUAGCCCGUCCCGUCGUUUCGGCCUGGACUCAGAUAAAGAACUUUCUAAUCGCCAGCAGGCGGCCAAUCUGCUUCAGGACAUGGGGCAGCGUCUUAACGUCUCACAAUUGACUAUCAACACUGCUAUAGUAUACAUGCAUCGAUUCUACAUGAUUCAGUCCUUUACCCAGUUUCAUCGAACAUCUGUGGCCCCAGCAGCCUUAUUUUUAGCAGCUAAAGUAGAAGAACAGCCAAAAAAAUUGGAGCACGUCAUCAAAGUAGCACAUACUUGUCUGCAUCCACAAGAAUCACUUCCUGAUACAAGGAGUGAGGCUUACCUACAACAAGUUCAAGAUCUGGUGAUAUUAGAGAGUAUAAUUCUGCAGACUUUAGGUUUUGAGCUAACAAUUGAUCACCCACAUACACAUGUGGUAAAGUGCACUCAACUUGUUCGAGCAAGCAAGGAUUUAGCGCAGACUUCUUACUUCAUGGCAACCAACAGCCUGCAUUUGACCACAUUUAGCCUGCAGUACACACCUCCUGUGGUGGCCUGUGUCUGCAUCCAUCUGGCUUGCAAGUGGUCCAACUGGGAGAUCCCAGUCUCAACUGACGGGAAGCACUGGUGGGAGUAUGUUGACGCCACUGUGACCUUGGAACUUUUAGAUGAACUGACACAUGAAUUUCUACAGAUCUUGGAGAAAACACCCAGUAGGCUCAAACGCAUUCGGAAUUGGAGGGCAUGCCAGGCUGCCAAGAAAACAAAAACAGAUGACCGGGGAGCAGAUGAAAAUACUUCGGAGCAGACAAUUCUCAGUAUGAUUUCUCAGAGUUCUUCAGACACGACGAUUGCAGGUUUAAUGAGCAUGUCAACUUCUACCACAAAUGCGGUGCCUUCCCAUCCAACCACUGAAGACUCAUCCAGCAACUUGAGCAGUGUGGAGAUGUUGCAGGGCGAGCGCUGGCUGCCUUCUCAACCUUUUAAACUGGAAUCUACUCAGGCUCAUCGGACUAGUGAGAAUAUAGCACUUGUAGGAGUUGAUCAUUCCUUACAACAGGAUGGUUCAAAUGCAUUUAUUUCCCAGAAGCAGAGUAGUAAGAGUGUGCCAUCAGCUAAGGUGUCUUUAAAAGAAUACCGUGCAAAGCACGCAGAAGAGUUGGCUGCCCAGAAGAGGCAGUUGGAGAACAUGGAGGCCAAUGUGAAGUCACAGUAUGCGUAUGCUGCCCAAAAUCUCUUGUCUCACCAUGACAGCCAUUCUUCAGUCAUUCUGAAAAUGCCCUUAGAGGGCUCUGAAAACCCUGAGAGGUCUUUUCUGGAAAAGGCUGACAAAACCUCUCUCAAAAUGAGAAUCCCAAUGGCAGGUGGAGAAAAAGCUGUCUCUUCAAAACCAGAGGAGAUCAAGAUGCGUAUUAAAGUCCAUGCUGCUGCUGAGAAGCACAAUUCUGUUGAUGACAGUGUCACAAAGAACCGAGAGCACAAAGAAAAGCACAAGGCUCACCUAUCUAAUCACCAUCAUCAUCACAAUCACCACUCACACAAGCAUUCACACUCACAGCUUCCAGCUGGUAGUGGGAACAAACGUCCAGGUGAUCCAAAACAUAGUAGUCAAACAAGCACCUUACCACACAAAACCUAUAGCAUGUCUAGUUCUUUCUCCUCUUCCAGUUCUGCUCGCAAAAGGGGCCCCCCGGAAGAGACUGGCGGAACAGUGUUUGAUCAUCCAGCAAAGAUUGCCAAGAGUACUAAGUCUUCCUUAAACUUUCCCUUCCCUCCACUUCCUACAAUGACCCAGCUGCCUGGGCAUAGCUCAGACACAAGUGGCCUUCCCUUCUCACAGCCCAGCUGUAAAACUCGAGUUCCUCAUAUGAAACUGGAUAAAGGCCCCACUGGGGCCAAUGGUCACAACACAACCCAGACAAUAGACUAUCAAGAUACUGUGAAUAUGCUUCACUCCCUGCUCAGUGCUCAAGGAGUUCAGCCCACUCAGCCUCCUGCAUUUGAAUUUGUUCAUUCUUACGGUGAAUAUCUGAAUCCACGUGCUGGAGGAAUCUCCUCCAGAUCUGGCAAUACAGACAAACCCCGACCACCACCUCUACCAUCAGAACCUCCCCCACCACUCCCACCCCUUCCGAAGUGAAAAAGGAAAAGAAGAGGAGAAA